GGAGAUGCGCUGAGAGACGCACCAAGAAGAAACGCUUUAAACGGUAAGAAAAUGAGAUUUCUGUUUAAUUUCCUCGCAGGUGCACCGAAAUAUCUGCAGGCUGUGUUUGUUGAAGUGAGUUUUAAAUGAGGAGAAAGCCGCUCGGUGUGGUCCUUUUUGUCUAUUAUACAACACACUGACGUCUGUCCGCGGCCUCUGACCCAGCUCGACUUGUUAAUUGAGCGUGUUUGUUCGGUCUGGCUGAACUGCGGAAUUCCUCCCAUGCAGCUCUUGUGCUGUGAGGACCUGCUGUCUGCCACUAAUGACUGUCACCUACACGGCCAGAGUCGCCAAUGCCCGAUUCUGCGGCUUCUCCAAGCUGCUGCUGGCCUGGAAGGGGAGCAUCUACAAGGUGCUGUACAAGGAGUUCCUGGCUUUCUUUGCCAUGUACGCGGCCAUCAGCAUCACUUACAGAUUUUUCCUCUAUGAUGACCAGAAGAGAUAUUUUGAGAAAGUGGCUAUUUAUUGCAACCGCUAUGCCAGCCUCAUCCCCAUGUCCUUCGUUCUGGGUUUCUACGUGACCCUGGUGGUGAACCGCUGGUGGAGCCAGUACACCAGCAUCCCGCUGCCCGACAGGCUCAUGUGCGUCCUGUCCGGGGGUCUGCAGGGGAGCGACGAGCGGGGCCGCCUGCUCAGACGCACCAUGAUGCGCUACGCCAGCCUGUCAGCUCUGCUCAUCCUCCGCUCCGUCAGCACCGCCGUCUUCAAACGCUUCCCCACCGUGGACCACGUGGUGGAGGCCGGAUUCAUGACAAGAGAGGAGCGAAAGAAGUUCGAAGGUCUCCAUUCUCACUACAACAAAUACUGGAUUCCCUGCGUUUGGUUCACCAACCUGGCGGCGGUGGCUCGCAGCGAGGGCCGGAUCAAAGACGACCACACACUCAAGCUGCUGCUGGAGGAGCUGAAUGCUUUCAGGGGGAAGUGCAGCAUGCUGUUUCACUACGACAUGAUCAGCGUGCCGCUGGUCUACACGCAGGUGGUGACGCUGGCCGUUUACAGCUUUUUCCUGGUGUGUCUGAUUGGUCGUCAGUUCCUGGACCCCAGCCAAGGUUACCCGGGUCACGACCUUGACCUCUACGUGCCCAUCUUCACCCUGCUGCAGUUUUUCUUUUACGCCGGGUGGCUCAAGGUCGCCGAGCAGCUGAUCAACCCCUUCGGAGAAGAUGACGACGACUUUGAGACCAACUGGCUGAUUGACAGAAACUUCCAGGUUUCCAUGAUGGCCGUGGAUGAGAUGUACGGAGACCUGCCCAUGAUGGAGAGAGACCGCUACUGGAACGACUCCAACCCGCGGGCUCCCUACACCGCCGCCACGCUCUUCGUCCUCCGGAAACCUUCCUUCCAGGGGUCGACCUUUGACAUGGCGAUCCCUAAAGAGGAGAUGCACUUCCAGCCGCUAGAGGACAUCGCAGAGAACCUGGAGGAGCCCGGCACCCGCCACCCCAACAUGGCCCUCUUCAACCGGCUGCUCAACGCGGCGCCGUCCCCCACCGGCUUCAUGGGAGGCGCUCUGCGCCGCACCUCGGCCCAGCUCCAGAGGCUCCGCCGCUCCCCCAGCAUCGACCGGGGCACCAGCGACGACGAGGACGAGGACGGCGGCAAAGUGGGGAAGGGCGGCUCGCUGCCGUCCGGCCUGGGCCAGGACACCCAGAGCACCGUCUGCAGCUUCAGGGAGGACAAGAGCGCGAGGACGCCUCUGCUGGACGUCCAGUUCGAACCGGAGGGGGACAGACGAGGACGGCACGCUGACAGCGACGAGAAGGAGGGGGGUCUGAGUGGAGCAGGGAGGAGCGACGAAGAGCUGCACAUCAAGGAAGAAACGGAAAACGAGGCGCCGGCGGCGGCCUCCAUGUCUCCGUCGCUGCUUCCUCCUCCGCCCCAGACCUCCGCCCGACCCGUCUCCGUCAUCCCCAUCACCUCCCAUCACACCUCUGCUUUCCAGUUCCAGCCGGCUGCCCACUCCAGCCUGGAGCACUGCAGCUCUCAGCCGGCGAUCAACCACAGCCGGGCCGCUGCCGCCGCCGCCUCCGCCGCCGUCCUCAGACCGCCAUUUGCCAGAAACAAGAUGUCCUACCUGGCUGUGCCGUCCUGCCACGAGCCCCAGCGUUUCCGCAGCGUGAGCAUGGGGUCAGAGCUCCCCGGGCCGUGA